AUGGCCCCGUCGCCCCUAGCCAUGGCCCCUCGCGACCUGCCGCCCCUAACCGCGGCCCCGGUGCCCUGUUGCGCCAUGGUGGGUGAGGGGGUGGCAAGAGGGGGUUCCUCCUGCCCGCGUGCCCUACACAGUAGUGGGGAGGGUAUGGGGGUGGCGGGUGUGGCCAACCUGCUGUCGCCCGAGCGGCUCCUGCACCGCCCCUUCUCCUACCUCCCCCCUGCUGCGGGUGCAGCAGUGGGGGGGGAGGGGAUCUGCGGCACCAGCCCCCCCCGCCCCCCCCCUUUCUCCUCCAACCCUGCUGCAGGUGCAGCAGUGGGGGGGAGGGGAUCUGCAGCAGCAGUGGGGGGAGGGGAUUUGCAGCAUCAGCCCCCCCCCCCCCCCCCCCCCCCCCGCCCUUUUCUCCUCUCUCUCUCCCUGCCGCACCCUGAGUUGGGAGGCGGGGGGGAGCUUGGAGGUUCAGAGGGAGGCAGGAGGGGAUCUGCAGCACCAGCCCCCCCCCGCCCCCCCCCUUUCUCCUCCAACCCUGCUGCAGGUGCAGCAGUGGGGGGGAGGGGAUCUGCAGCAGCAGUGGGGGGAGGGGAUUUGCAGCAUCAGCCCCCCCCCCCCCCCCCCCCCCCCCGCCCUUUUCUCCUCUCUCUCUCCCUGCCGCACCCUGAGUUGGGAGGCGGGGGGGAGCUUGGAGGUUCAGAGGGAGGCAGGAGGGGAUCUGCAGCACCAGCCCCGCCCCGCCCCCCCCCUUUCUCCUCCACCCCUGCUGCGGGUGCAGCAGUGGGGGGAGGGGAUCUGCAGCAGCAGUGGGGGGAGGAGAUUUGCAGCAUCAGCACCCCCCCCCCCCCCCCCCCCCCGCCCCCCCCUUUUUUCUCCUCCACCCCUGCUGCGGGUGCAGCAGUGGGGGGAGGGGAUUUGCAGCAUCAGCCCCCCCCCCCCCCCCCCCUCCCCGCCCUUUUCUCCUCUCUCUCUCCCUGCCGCACCCUGUGUUGGGAGGGGGGGGGAGCUUGGAGCAGUGGGGGGAGGGGAUCUGCAGCAGCAGUGGGGGGAGGGGAUUUGCAGCAUCAGCCCCCCCCCCCCCCCCCCCCCCCCCCCCGCCCUUUUCUCCUCUCUCUCUCCCUGCCGCACCCUGAGUUGGGAGGCGGGGGGGAGCUUGGAGGUUCAGAGGGAGGCAGGAGGGGAUCUGCAGCACCAGCCCCCCCCCGCCCCCCCCCUUUCUCCUCCACCACUGCUGCGGGUGCAGCAGUGGGGGGAGGGGAUCUGCAGCAGCAGUGGGGGGAGGGGAUUUGCAGCAUCAGCACCCCCCCCCCCCCCCCCCCCCCCCGCCCCCCCCUUUUUUCUCCUCCACCCCUGCUGCGGGGGGGGGGAGCUUGGAGGUUCAGAGGGAGGCAGGAGGGGAUAUGCAGCACCAGCCCCCCCCGCCCCCCCCCUUUUCUCCUCCACCCCUGCUGA